ACAACUAGAUACGCUCUUUCACUAUUCUUUCAGGUUGUUAAAACUAAUAUUGAUUACCAGGUUGUUGCCAUUUUUGUGUGUGAGAAUGAGACCACAGACGCCAUCACAGAAGCAUUAAUGUGCAUUAAGGAAUGGAACCCUAAAUUUUAACCAAAGUAUUUCUUAACUGAUUAUUUAAAUGAAGAAAUAAACUCAUUAGAAUCAGUGUUUCCAGGGUGUUCUGUUUUAAUUUGUGACUUUCAUCGAGAGCAAUCUUGGGAACGAUGGCUUUCUAAAACUGCUAAUGGUUGUUAUAUGGUAAAAGAUGCAAUUAAGUUAAAACUACAUCAAAUUGCUCAUGCUAAAACAGAAGAAAUUUGCCAAAAUGCUGUUAAUUCAUUAAAAGAAUCAGAAGAGUGGAAAAAUAACCCAAAACUAGCUGAUUAUUUAAAUAGCACUUGGUUAUGUAAUCAAAAGAGAUGGGUGUUUGCCUACAGGCGACAACGCUUAUUGCGAAGUAUCAAUACUAAUAAUGGCACUGAAAGACAAAACCAAUCUUUUAAAUAUAGUUUUUUGGAAAAACAGAAAACAUCAUCCCUCACAGCUAUGCUUUGUAUUUGUAUUGAGGAAUUCCUUCCUCACAAUUACGACAAGUUAGUUAUUUUUAAGGUAAAACCACCUACUUUGCAUCCCUGAUCUAUAAACACACAC